AUGGGCUGCGCGCGCUACGACCCCACCUGGGAGUCCCUGGACGCCCGCGCCGUGCCCGCCUGGUUUGACGAGCUCAAGUUCGGCGUCUUCAUCCAUUGGGGCGUCUUCUCGGUGCCCAGCUUCGGCAGCGAGUGGUUCUGGUGGUAUUGGCAGAAAGAAAGGAGAAAGUCCUAUGUAAAAUUUAUGGAGGAUAAUUACCCUCCUGGGUUCAGGUAUGAAGAUUUUGGCCCGUUGUUCACAGCAGAGUUCUUUGAUCCCAACCGCUGGGCAGAUAUUCUGGAAGCUUCCGGUGCAAAAUACGUUGUCUUGACUUCAAAACAUCAUGAAGGUUUUACUUUGUGGGGAUCCAAAUAUUCUUGGAACUGGAAUGCUGUAGAUGUUGGACCUAAACGGGACAUCGUGGCUGAGCUAGCAGCAUCUAUUAGAAACAGGACAGACUUGCGCUUUGGGCUAUAUCACUCUCUGUUUGAAUGGUUCAAUCCCCUUUUCCUGGAUGAUGCCUCCAAUAUGUUCAAGACGAGAACAUUUCCAACUUCUAAGUCAUUGCCUGAGCUCUAUGAGAUUGUUAAUAAAUACCAACCAGAAAUCCUUUGGUCAGAUGGGGAUGGUAAUGCACCAGAUACUUACUGGAACAGCACUGGUUUCCUAGCCUGGUUGUACAAUGACAGCCCAGUUCGGGAUACAGUGGUAACAAAUGAUCGCUGGGGAGCUGGCAGCAUUUGUAAGCAUGGUGGAUACUACACCUGUAGUGACCGCUACAACCCAGGACACCUUCUGCCUCACAAAUGGGAGAACUGUAUGACCAUAGACAAGUGGUCAUGGGGUUACAGGAGGAAUGCGCAGCUACGUGAUUACUUAACAAUUGAAGAAUUGGUGAAGGUACAGUAAGCCAAAGAGAUGUACACACUAUUUGCUCCUCAUUUCUG